AUCAAAGAACAUUCAGGUUGAAUCACUAGAUGCAGAGAUAUUUACGAUCAAAGCAAAAAAUUGCAAAUUAAUGCAUUGAACGCAUUUAUUCAGCAACCAGUAAUUAUUUUCAUCUAAUUUUAGGUUCAUUAGAUAAGUCUUGAUUUUUUCUUUUAAAUGAAUAUAAAUUCAUCCAACUAUCUUAUGUAUAGCCCAAGAUAUUCACAAUUUUGUUAUGAGAAUUGUAUUCUGAUUUUAUAAUUUUAAUGUUACUUGUAUUAAAAAAAAUUAAAAUUCAAAUAACUAAUUGAUUUUGUGUAUCAGAUAAUAUAGAUCCAUUAUUGUCACAUGACUUUUAACGUUGCAUUCAUUUGGCAAAUCUAUUUUGUGGACAUAGCAUAUAAUUCCACAAAUUGGUACAUAUGUAAUAUUAAUAUUCUUAAAGAAUUUAGUUUAUCAAGAAAACUUUUUUUCUUUGAUAAUCCCAAAUCUAUUGAAGAAUAUAAACAAAAUAGGUUUGAACAGUUAAAUAGUAAUAAUGAUAAUAAUUCUCACAAAGGUAUUGAUGAAAGUAUCAAUAUUUAUGAGAACUAAAAUCAGCUAUCUGAUUCACCUAUUGUGCAGUUAUUUUAAGCAAUGUUAAAUUCUCUCUGAAUACUAACUUGAUACGAUAUUUGAAAAUUGGGAGGAGGUAGGACCCCGCUUACUUCUAAUAGAGGUCUCCGAAAAUAUAAGGUAAAAUUU